CACAAUACUUAAAUUCUGAAAAAUAUAGUAAUAUACAUGUUCUCAAUCGAGCGCAAAUCAUCAAUGAUGCGUUUCAUUUUGCGAUAGAGAAAAAACUUGAAUUCUCCAUAUUUUGGGAACUCGUUUCUUAUUUGGCACAGGAAACAGAUUAUAUAGCAUGGUAUCCUAUGUUGAAAGCAUUUGAAAUUAUGUCGAAUAUCUUCCCAUUCUUGGAUUUUUAUCCUGAAUUUAAGGGCGUGCUAAAGUUUGAUUUUAUGCAGAAUAUUACAUCUAAAUACGAGAAUUUAGAUGACGAAAAUAACGUCAACGAUUAUACUAAAUGUUUGAAACAAGAACUUGCAAAGUGGGAAUGUAUUAUAAAUGAAAAGCCUUGCGAAGAAAAAUCUAAGAGUCAUUUGAAAUGGCAUCUAGCAAAUCCUGAAGAAAACAAACUUUUGCCUGGCUGGAAGAGGUGGACAUAUUGUAAUGGUUUGAAAACGGCAGAUCAUUAUACAUGGAAUAAAGUUUUUACUAAUUGCAUGGAAGCAAAUGAUACAAUGUUAGAAUGUCUGGCUUACAGUAAAAAUUUUGAAAUUAUAAUCAAUUAUUUAGAAAUAAAAAUAUCAGAAAUUUUAUUUAAACCUUCGUAUAAUGUAUCUUAUCUUCCAUUUGAAUCGAUAGAGCGAACUUAUGCCUUAUCUGCUAAUAUUUUCCUUUCUGUUCUUGAGAGAAAUACUAAGUACAUGCUUACAAGUUUAUUAAGUAAUUACGAAACAAUAAGACACAGGAGGGUCAGUGAUAUUGUAACAUUAAUUGUUAUAAUUAACAAUGUGUAUGCUAAGGGACAGUUGGGCGAGAUAAGGAAAUUUGUAAAAAGGAAACUGGAAAAUUCAAUCAUUCCUAAUGCUGAAUACAAGCUAGAAACACGCUUGUCGGAGAUCGAGAAACAGAUAAAAUAUUUUCGGUCUUUAUUCACAUAAUUGAAUAACUAGAUUUCUAAGAUACUGAGUGUUUAGGCAUUAUAAAUACAAC